AUGUCGGGAACAGGCCGCUCAGCACACGGGCGGGCAGCCACUCCCGCUGGUGCAGCGCUUCGGGCGACUGUCGGCCAGGGAGGCGACGGCGGUGGGCUUUUUCCCGGUCUGAUCCUGACCGACGUGCCGGCCAGCCUGCUGGUGGGCACGAAGGCGGCGGUGCUGCAUGGCGGAGCGGCGCGGCGCCGUCCGCGUGUUGCGGAGGGGUAUGUACAGUCCGACGUCGGCCGGCCAGUACUAAGCUUGGUAGCAUCGGCGGCCCGGCUACUACACCACCAGCAUAUAGAAGGGCGAGGGGGCUUCUCCCGUGUGCCGAGAACGGCAUGCAGGGGGGACGAGAACGAAAAGGAGGGGGACGAGCUCAGAGGUCUGGCGGGGGCUAUAGGGAUAAGGGAUGGCGCAACCCACGCACGAACGUCUCAGGGGUUAGGUGUUAGUCCUGUGUCUCGGUUGGCCAGGACGCCGCGCUUCUGUAUGCCGAAUAACUUGGAUGUUUUCUACCUGGUCAAGGCGAACGAUGGUGUCGCCGAUCCCGAGUUCUGGCCCUUUACCUUUCAACCGACCGGAAGGUCAAUUCCAUCGGGGUAA